GACUUUCACGCAAUGCACCCUGGGAUCGGUUCCCUGGUCCUGAAUAGCGCGUGCGUGGCUCCUCCUCUUCCUUUUCGAUUGCCGAGAGUCGGACAAGAUGGGUCACCAGCAGUUGUAUUGGAGCCAUCCGAGAAAAUUCGGACAGGGAUCCCGCUCCUGCCGUGUAUGCUCAAACAGACAUGGACUGAUCCGUAAAUACGGACUUAAUAUGUGCCGUCAGUGCUUCAGACAGUAUGCCAAGGAUAUUGGAUUUACCAAGCUGGACUAGACACCUCAGAACAUGCAAAUGAUGGUAUCGCUGAAACUUGGUGAAUAAAGACCAUAUCCAUUAAAUCAGCACCAAGCAGAUGGAUUCAUAAUAUACUUCUGUUUUGUAAAUAAAAUUGGUGCAGUCUCCAAAA